CCUGUACAUGCAGCAAGCUGUGGAACCCGCCCCUCAGCGUUAUCAAAAAUCUUGGUUCUCUUUCAGCUUGACGAACUUCAGAAAAAGCACCAUGAAGUGAAUUUGGCUGGGACGCCUUUGAAGGCCAAGCUGGCUUCCCUGGUCCAGAAGUGCUGGGAGAGGAACCACCUGAUCACACACCUGCUUCAGGAGCUGCACAGACACGGGGCAGAGAACCACCUGCUCUCCAGGAUGGCGCAGAACAUGGUGAAUGACGUGGCGCUGGCUGAGUAUGCGGCCACCUUCCUGGCUCCGAGGGUCCCAGAGACAAGCCACCACCUGGACGUCGAGUCUGAGAUGACGGCAUUUGUCAGAGUUCAGAAAUGCCUCCUGAAUCCCCAAAUGGACAGUGUCCUGCAGAGACCUUUGCAUUCAGAGACCUGGCCUGUUCCUGAGGCUGAGUCGCCAGCAUGGACAGCUCAACUGGAUUCUUUGAAGCUUCCCCUGCCCUCAGGACUGAUGGCUGAUCCUGAAAUAUGCCAGGCUUCCGUCACCAUGGAACCAGGGCUCCCUGUGCAAUGUCUGCAAGAAAAAGGCGGAAUGUCCUGUCCUGGCCUCCAGUCUGAUGAUCUCCUGCCGUCCCCCGAGCUCCCGAGCCCUGCACGGAUCCUGGCUUUGCACCAAGAGCUUCGAGGAAGCUUCAGCAGCACUUCCCAGGUCAAUAAAUCACCACUGGAGUUAUAAAUAGAACUGGACUGUGCACUCUCUGGGGGCCAUUUCCUCCACACCAUAAAUAAUUUGAAGCAGAACUUUCAGAGAGCGUUUUAAGAAAUUGGUAGCAAUCAAACCCCUCAUUCUGUGGCAAGUGGCUUUGCCUGUGGCUUAGGGAGCUGUGGUGAUUGUCAGAGCUCAGGAGAUGCACUGGACUUGCAAAUUCUUAGGAGCGCAGCUUUGCAAACAUCCAGGCAGCAAAGGGAAUAUCGACUGUUCCCAAACCUACCAAGUGGCUGGCCCAGUGGCUCUCCACUGGGUGUGAUCCCCAUCCCCCACCCCCAUCCCCACCCCCAGGGCAAAGUUUGACAAUGUCAGUAUUUUUGUUGUCACAACUGGGAAGCUGCUGCUGGCAUCUAGCAGGUAGAAGUCAGCGAUGCUGCUCACCACCCUCCAGUGCCUGGGAUAGCCUCCGAAAACAAAAAGAGUCGUCCCCCCCGGGUGUCAGCAGUGCCGGGUUGGGAGGUCCUGACCUGACCUAAUAGCUCCUAACCUUGUCAGCUGCAGAGAACUGUUUGGUUACGUUCCUGCCUGAGGCCCCUCCCCACGUUUUAAAAGAUUUUUGUCUACCAAAGGAGAUGCUUGAUUGAAGUCAUUAUCUCUUUUACAUUUUUGAACAUUAAAACCACUUAGAACUUUCCGAUAAGUCCAUUCAUUCAACAGAUAUUUGUGGAAUCCAGCGUAUGCCAGGCAAUACGAUAUGAGGGAGAAGGAAGUGAGGUCACGUUGGUCCCUGCCCUGGGGGCUCACAGGGCAACAGAGAGAUGCAGGUGUAAACAUUUCACCAUGCACUCGUGGUUAAGUGUGCCCUGGGACAUGAGACAAGGCAAGGGCUAGUUCUGCCUGGCUUGGGGGAAUGGGAAGUCAUUCAGAAAGGAUGGCUGAGCAGAGUCCCUAAGCCCAACGAGGUGCUGAAUACAUGGGUGAGGUGGGGAAGGGUCUUACAGUAAGAGGGAACAGCAGGAGCCAAAGUCUGAGGCAUGAAACUUCCCAGUGUGCAACCAGAGGGGAAGCAGGUGGGGCAGCCCCUUGCCAGGCCAGGUGCUAAGAGUCGCUGCCUCAUCCCUACCCAGCACCACUUACCUCCUCCGGGAAGGAGACCCUGUCCUGACCUGGGUGUAGGACCCAGGGGUAGAAGAAGAGGCGAGGGGGCUCGGGUCACGUUAGCCCAGACCCUGUGCCCCCGGCUCACCAAUCAGAGACAUCGUCUCUCUCCUUGGGAGGGGCUGGAGGGAAGGUCAGAGUUACCCUCCUAACUCUGUUCCCACCUGGAAGCAGCUGUCAUGGGAGGCCAAGGAAGGACCAGGACAGGAAACCAAGGGCUCCUGGAGCAGUACGCAAAACCUAUUGAUUUUAUUUUAAUGUAUUUUCGCUUUUUAUGCUGAGAUGAACAAUGCAAAGAGUUCCCACACAGCCUCACCCAGCUUCCUCGAAGUUAACACCCCAGGUGCCUAACCAGAGCACAAGGAUGGAAAUGAAUAGAUUGAUUUUGAGGAACCCUGGGAGGCCAUCAAGACAUAAGAAAAGCACCUCUGAGAGCGAGCAUCGGCUCACCAGGCUGCUACAGUCUUCAUUAGCCCAGGGGAUGUGUCAUGGGUCAUCACGAUCAUCCACGGUUCCUUGGAUCGGUUUACCCACGGAUCCACCCAUUCAUUUGUUCAGUAAGCAUUUGAUUUAACUGCCACGUGAGCGCCGGGACCUCAGGGAGGUGCUGGGAAACAGGAAGAAAGCAGAUGCCUGUCUCCAGCCUCCAGGACCUCCUGGAAGAUGGCCCCAUCACACACCGAGUCCCCAGAUUGGAAUGUCGUCCUCACCUUCAUGAUCUGAACCAGCCCCGCCACCCCGUGACUGCCGAUUGUGUGGCAUCCUGCAGAGACCUUCACUACGCUGGUUUGCGCUCGCCUCUUUUGCCCUCUUCCUGCUUUUUUUCUGGAACAAUGCCAUUCACUCUGAGCACUGGGACUAUGCUCAAGACAAGCUGGGAACCGGGUGACGUUGGGGUGAGCAGCCAGCUGAGCUGCAGGACCAAGCCCGCCGGAGGCAGUCAAGGCCAUUUCUGGUUCCCAGACACUCCCGCCAGGUUCAGACAUUGGUGUCCUUGAGUGCCUCCUUCUGCCACUGCUCAUGUUCGGGGCCUCAACAGAGAGGCCAUGGGGGAAAAUCCAUUAAAGAAGUCACAGCAGUCUUGGCAGCGUAACCCGAUGAUUCCAUAAUAAAUCACAGUCUGAAGACAGGAGCCACUUAGUACCCUGAGCCAGGAGUCCCACCUGGAGUCGCACUUUGGAUCUCCUCGCACUGGGUCACUGCUUUGUAUGGUGAUUCCUCCCUGUGGCACUUUUGCGAGGGCAGACUCUGGAAACUUUCUGGCCUGAACCAUAGAUUCCAGCCCUUGGAAGGGACCCUAUGUUCCCCUGCCGCCCCAGGUGGACCUGAUGGGACCAGGGCCCAGCUUGGUCAAAACUUCCCAGGCUGGGGACAGGACCUUCCCAGGGUGACCAAGCAAGGUCAGGCAGGAACUUGACCCACUGGAGCUGGCCCAGGCUGCCCCACGCUUCAGGAAUGACCCAAGGCCUCUGGAGACGAGCCAGAUGGGCCAGCCUGGCCGCCUCUGCGGAAAGCAAUUCAUCACAUGGCUGUCAGCAAGCUGCAGCCAUGGCUUUCUUGGUGAAGCCUGGCCGAGCUAUGCAGAACGGGAGCCCUGCACACAGCAAGGUAAGUGCACAUCCCACCCUGACUCCUGUGAACAGGCCCCACCUGGGCUUUUAGGCAAAUCCGAUGAGAGAGUUGGCUUGGCUGGUGGCCAGGCAGUACAAGCGUUCGGUGCAGUCUCUCCCUGCACCUGAUUCACUGCCAUUCACUGCCGUGCCCUUCUGGGAGGCAUUUUGUUCCUAUGUCAAAGCGAUCUAUUGAGCAAAUAUUUCCCUGAGCACCUGCCUGUCGGGGCAGAUGAGAAGCUGGGGGCCGGGUGUCAGGAGUCUCACUCUCGGUCCCCAUCCUCCAGACUCCUGGGGGGACGGUUGCACAGAUGGAGCAGUUGGAGUGGCAUAAGCAGGGUGUGGCAGGGAGCAUGCAGGGGCCAGGGGCGCAAAGCUGUGGCUGACCAUCGAGGGAGGGGUCAGGGAGGGCUUCCUGGAGGAAGUGAUGACUGAGGUGGGCCCUGGAGGUGAGUAGAGCUUGGCCAGGGAGGGAGGCUUUGUGAGUAGGGGCAAUCACACAGGCAAAGGCUAGGGGUGUGUCGGGGG